UAUAUGAGACUGUAUACCUUAGCAGAUUGUGCUGGAUUAAGAUCGGAAUUACAGUGAAAGCAGAAAGAUUUCCUUAAGUAUAUAUGAGACUGUAUCCAACAGCAGGAGAUUCUGCUUAAGACUGGAAUUGCAAUAAAAGCAAUGAAGAUAAGUAUCAAAAAUGGAUGCUAUUCUGUAACAGUUUGAAUAUAAACUGAUCAUUGAGACAUAGCAGAAGUCUGGAUUUUUUUUCAUGGAAAUGUUCAUUGUAUUGGAUAAAAUCUUUCUGAUACUGGCAGCAGUGGAAUUCAUAAUCGGAAUGUUCGGGAAUGUGUUCAUUGGACUGGUAAACUGCUCCGAAUGGAUCAAGAACCAAAAGAUUUCCUUAGCUGACUUCAUCCUUACGUGCUUGGCUAUCUCCAGAAUCACUCAGCUGUUGGUUUUAUUGUUUGAAUCAUUUAUGCUGGGACUACCUUCGUAUUUAUAUGGCAUUUAUAAACUAGCAAAACCCAUUAGUUUGCUCUGGAGAAUGACUAAUCACUUCACUGCCUGGUUUGCUACCUGCCUAAGUGUUUUCUACCUCCUUAAGAUAGCUCACUUCUCCCACUCCCUUUUCCUCUGGCUGAAGUGGAGGAUGAACAGAGUGGUUCUUGUGAUUCUUGUAUUUUCUUUGUUGUUUCUGAUUUUUGACUUUCUAUUGCUAGAAACAUUAAAUGAUUUCUUCUUGAAUAUCUGUAAAAUAGAUAAAAGUAAUCUGACUUUAUAUUUAGAUGAAAGGAAAACUCUCCAUGUUCAAACCCUGAUUCUUCUUAGCCUGACCUAUUUCGUCCCUAUUGUUUUGUCUCUGACCUCAUUGCUCCUUUUAUUUCUGUCCUUGGUAAGACACACCAGAAAUUUGCGGCUCAACUUGAUGGGCUCGAGGGACUCCAGCAUACAGGCCCAUAAAAGGGCCAUGAAAAUGAUGAUGUCUUUCCUCUUCCUUUUCAUAGUUCAUUGUUUUUUCACACAAUUGACAAAUUGGACACUUUUUAUAUUUUGGAAGAACAGGUUCACAAAGUUUGUCAUGUUAGCAGUAUAUACCUUUCCUUCAGGUCACUCAUUUAUUUUGAUUCUGGGAAACAACAAGCUAAGACAGACAGCCUUGAAGGUGAGAUGAAGUGCUGCACCUCCACUUUCCCCAUAACAAGAACCUUUGUGGGGGGACUCAGUAGCAGCCAAGCUACAAUCCAAGAAGAGCCACUCCCAACACUUGCAUUGUCGGUCCAUUCAACCUGGAGAAGAUAGACUGACAUGACCAUAUUACCCUGGGACCAAAGUGUUGGAGAAAGAUAGAGGUUAUCACUGAUUUCUUGUUAACUA